GUGCGAUAAUGACGAUUACUAAAAUAAAUGAAACAUUAAGAAGACUAAAACCCGCGAGUGAAGUGAAUUUACCAAUCCUUAUAGACACAAAUAUAAAAAGCAUUUCUAGCCUGUUGAAAGCGCUAGAGGAAAAACAAUAUGUGGAAGUGAUAAAAAAGUUCAAAAAUUCGUGUGCAGUAAAAAUUACCGAGAAAUUCAACAUGGUAAAUGUACUGAAACAUCCCAUACCCACCAAAGCAAAAAACAUUCGAGCACACGCAAAAAAGUUAAUGCCCAUUGAACAUGGACAACUAAUAUUAACUACGAGUAGAGGCGUAAUGUUACAACAACGAGCAAUGUCAGAACACGUCGGUGGUCAAAUCAUCGCGUUCAUAUGUUAAGUGCAUUUUGAAUACAAUAGUCUCUUCGUCGACGACGGAAAAGUGAACUAUUUUGGUGUCACAAUUAUUAGCAAGUGGUACAAAACGGUGCAGCGACCUAUACAGUGAGACAGUGAGAUAAAUCAAAAGUGAGCAAUGGGGCUAAUAAGUUCAAAAAAGAAACAAGACAAUACUGGCGACGCCCAGGUAACCAUUUUAAACAGUUUGGAACAGCACACGCUGUUCCAUGAAAAUAGCGAAUUUCUCCUAUGGAUAAUACUGGCCAUACUAUUGGUAUCGGCUGGUUUGAAAAUAUAUGAACAGUACAAAAAGUGCACGCGCGCCGAGGCCCUCAAAGCUGCGAGGUCAGUUGCAGCAUUACAAGUGUGAAAAAACAUCGUUUUAUGUGAGAAACGAAGAUGCUGUGAAGUCAUCGAAGUGGCUAAGCCAAUGGCUUAUACGAAAAGCCUCUCGCACCGAGGGAGGCCCAGCAGACAUCACGAAUAACCCACUGCUUGAUCGCACCGAUAAGCAGGUCACAACCGGUAAGGAAGGAUAUCAACACACCAAUGUGACAACUCUAAACGCAUCAAGCAACAAGCACAGUCUCGUCCCAGCCAGUGAGUGUCAACAGUCUUUCUUCAGACUAGUUCCUCCGACGCGACGACUGGUUCCGUUCGCUAUAAAAGCGAGAACACAGAAUCGGAGUCGCAAAAAAAGAGCGCAACAAAUCCGAAUGUUUCCGGUCGAUUCAAUAAACAAUGGCGCUAGGGCUGUCGGUGCAUCUCUCAGCCGAAGUAGUGAUGUUUGAUGGAUUCAGAUCAAGUUUUCAGGCUUAGAAAUGGGCUACCCAGGAGGCAAGAAUCAACAUUUUCGACAGCUGCUCUUCUUUGCUUUUCAUCGAGGUCAAAAAGCUGCCGAAACAGCCCGGGGCAUUUGCGACGAGUAUGGAGAAGGUCUAUAGCACGAAAAUGAUUUGCAAAGUUCAAAAGUUGCGACUUUGACAUCGAAGACAUGCCCCUUCUGAAUUCGAUGGAGAACGUCUCAAAUUACUUUUGAAGGAGAACGGUCGCCAAACCAGUCGUGAAUUGGCGGAAAAAAUGGACUGCGGCGAAUAUAUAGUCGAUUAACUUAUUUAUAUAAUUAUUGUUCUUACUAUUUAAGUAAAAGCUACGCUACGAACUUAUUCCACAACUAAUUAUUUAUAUGAAAAUAAGCAAUAGAAUAGGAAAUAUAUCUCGAAAACGAAAAAAACAAAUGUUCUUGAAAUUUUGACAUUUCGUGUUUAAAAGGUUUAGCUUUCCAAUAAUUGUGUAAACAGCCAGAGUUUCCUUGCUCACGACAUAAAAAAAAAAGUUAUUUUAAAAAUAAACU